AAUAAAAAUGAACUUCAACAAAAAUCCCAAUGAUAAUAACCGGUCAUCUUCCGCAAGGCGUGAUGUUACGUGCUGCUGAGCUUAAAACCUUGACAUCACCGACUGCGGGUUGUUCAUCUGAAUAUAAGUGAAGAAUGUAGGAUUCAAGUCAUUCAUACCGAUAUAAUACUUCAUUUCAGUAAGUGCAAAGAACACUGCCAACCAAUGUCAGUCACAAAGAUAUUCCUUCUACUUGCCUUGUUCAUUUCGCUGACAGUAGCAUUGCCAGCACCCUUCUUGCAUAAAAAGUUUGGCGGCCAUGGCGGAGGUUAUGGAGGAGGAUAUGGAGGUGGCUAUGGAGGAGGACAUGGGGGUGGUGCAAUCAUUAUAGUGAAGAAAGUUUACUCUGGUGGUUAUGGAGGAUAUAAUAGUGGUUACGGUGGUGGUUACGGAGGACACGGAGGAUAUGGAGGACAUGGAGGUGGCUAUGGUGGAGGCGGUGGAUAUGGAGGGGGUGGAGGUUAUGGCGGCGGCGGCGGCGGUGGCUAUGGAGGAGGCGGCGGCUAUGGAGGAGGCGGUGGCUACGGCGGCGGAUUUGGAUUUGGAGGAGGUUUUGGGGGCGGUUAUGGAAAAUAAACGUGCUUACUAUAAGAGUGGACAAAUUUGAUAAUAAAUAAUUUUCGUUUCUAAAUAGUUUUUGGAAACGAUGUUCAAUGCAAGAGCUCAUGUAAAUUUUCUGUUAAUCUUAAAUUAAUUUCUAAUUAAAAUUGGUUUUAGUAAGACUUAAAUAUGAAGUUAAUGUGUUAUUAGUUUUAUUCACAAACUUCUUUUUGGGCAUUUUGCCUCAAAAAUUUUUGUCUUUAAAAAAGUGUUAUUAGUUAGUACCCUUCAAAUCUUGCGAAGCAGGUAAAAAAAACUUAAUUGGGAAAAUGCCAGUAAAAAAAGGAAAUACGUAGAACGUAUAUUAUGAAAGUUUUCGCACUAAAUUGAACUAUCCUCAGCAACUACACCGAAUAUCUAAGAUACCUUACUCGAUAUGUUAUUGAUAAUUAGAUUUGGUUUAUUUGCGCCAUGUGAAAUGCUUUAAAAAUAAGUAAGUUUACUACGGUUUCCAACGGUUUAUACUGUGGUUGGUUCCUAGGCUUUAGGGUUCUUUUUAUAGUCUUAAAAGUGGGUAUUUUCCAAUCCAUUAUAAACCAAGUAUAAUAUUUUCGCUGAAAGAUAAAAUGCUUGUGAAUGACAUAUCUUGCUUUUCGUAAUAAAUUUAUACAUACCUA